AUGUGCCAACAUGGCACAGGAGGCAGUCAUUUUUCACCGCAUUCCACCGUUUCCCACCUGCCCAACCCCAACCAGCGCCACCUGUCCCCCACGUCAUGUGCCAACGUGGCAAGGGAGGCAGCCAUCCAAGCUCACACCUUUCCACCGCAUUUCACUGUUCUUCACCUGCCCAUCUCCCACCAGCGCCACCUGUCCCCCACGUCAUGUGCCAACGUGGCAAGGGAGGCAGCCAUUCUCGCCCACCUGUCCACCGGCUAUGUGGGCAUUGCGACGCUCAUCGAUCAAUACGAGGACGCCACGUGUGUGCACUUCAUUCUGCAGCUCUGCACAGGUGUGCAGGAGGGGUGGUGUGGUAGAGAGGUGGAGUGCAGGAGGGGUGGAGUGCAGGAGGGGUGGAGUGCAGGAGGGGUGGUGUGCAGGAGGGGUGGAGUGCAGGAGGGAUGGAGUGCAGGAGGGGUGGUGUGCAGGAGGGGUGGAGUGCAGGAGGGGUGGUGUGCAGGAGGGGUGGUGUGCAGGAGGGGUGGUGUGGUAGAGAGGUGGAAUGCAGGAGGGGUGGAGUGCAGGAGGGGUGGAGUGCAGGAGGGGUGGUGUGCAGGAGGGGUGGAGUGCAGGAGGGGUGGAGUGCAGGAGGGGUGGUGUGCAGGAGGGGUGGAGUGCAGGAGGGGUGGAGUGCAGGAGGGGUGGUGUGCAGGAGGGGUGGAGUGCAGGAGGGGUGGUGUGCAGGAGGGGUGGUGUGCAGGAGGGGUGGUGUGCAGGAGGGGUGGUGUGCAGGAGGGGUGGUGUGCAGGAGGGGUGGUGUGCAGGAGGGGUGGUGUGUUGGAGGGGUGGUGUGCAGGAGGGGUGGUGUGCAGGAGGGGUGGUGUGCAGGAGGGGUGGUGUGCAGGAGGGGUGGUGUGUUGGAGGGGUGGUGUGCAGGAGGGGUGGUGUGAUGGAGGGGUGGUGUGCAGGAGGGGUGGUGUGAUGGAGGGGUGGUGUGCAGGAGGGGUGAUGUGUUGGAGGGGUGGAGGAGAAGCGAAGGAGGAGAGGAGGUGGAGGGGAGAAAGAACAAAAGAGGAAAGAAGGGAGAGGAAAGGCGGCAUGCUAUACGAUGGCAUCAAGGCGGAGGGCAGCUACAGUGAGCAGCAGGCGGCCGGCAUGGUGCGUCAGAUAGUGCAGGCAGUGCAGUACAUGCACGGGCGGGGCGUUAUGCAUCGCGAUCUCAAGCUCGAGAACUUCCUGCUGCUGCACCCGGGAGACGAUGCCCCCCUCAUGGCCAUCGACUUUGGGCUGUCGACCUUCUUUGAGCCGGGGCAGCGCUUCAAGGAGGUGGUGGGCAGUGCGUACUAUGUGGCACCAGAGGUGCUCAGGAGGGACUAUGGCAGCGAGUGUGACGUGUGGAGCAUUGGAGUCAUCACCUACAUGCUGCUGUGCGGCACCCCGCCCUUCUGGGAUGUGUCAGAGGAGGGGAUAUGUGAGGCGGUGCUAAAGGGAGAGUACGAGAUGAGCAGUCCCCCUUGGCCGGCCAUCUCCCAGCAGGCGAAGCACCUGGUGGGGCGUAUGCUGGACAGCGAUGCAGCAAGACGAAUCACCACACAGGAGAUUCUCGGUAGAAUAUUAACAAAAAACUCCUGGCCCCCUUUCUUUCCUUCCCUCCUUUCCCUCGACCCUUCCCUCCCCUUUUCCUCCACCUUCCCCUUCCCCGUUCCCCUCCACCCUUCCCUCCCCUUUAUCCUCCACCUUCCCCUUCCCCGUUCCCCUCCACCUUCCCCUACCCUUUAUCCUCCACCUUCCCCUCCCCGUUCCCCUCCACCUUCCCCAACCCCCGGCCAGGUGGUAGCGGGGUGCUGUUUGGACGAGAAUGAGAUGGCGGCGAUCCGAACACGCUUCGACCAUCUCGACCUCGACAGGGAUGGUUGUAUCUCGGUGUCUGACCUCGUUGCCGGCUUUCAGUCGUUGCACAUCCCUCUCUCAGAGGAAGAGGCCCGAGAGAUCAUCCAAGCGUCGCUGCACAUUCCGUUGUCAGAGGAAGAGGCCAGAGAGAUCAUUCAAGCGGUGAGCCAAGGCAAGGUUUGCCCCAAUAGCGGUGUGCCAAGGCAAGGCCAGGCGGACAGCAAGGGGUCGGGCACAUUGGACCUGUCAGAGUAUGCAUCGGCCAUCAUGGUGAAGCGCAUGGAUGCCGCACGCAUAGAGAAGGCAUUCCGGCACUUUGACAAGGAAGGGCGUGGUUAUAUCACAAUGGCUGAUUUGAAGGCCACGCUUGCAGCAGGCGAGAGUGAUGAGACAGUGGAGCGCCUCUUCAAGGAGAUUGGCAACAAGAAUGUGAGAAAAGCAUUCUGCUCUAACUGGUUUUUUUCCCCAAGGCCCCCACGGCCAGUUACUGCAACCUACAAGUCACACCUUCCCCUCCCCUUUCUUCUUCCCCGUCUGCCCCUCACUUACAGAGUGGGCACAUUGACCUGGAGGAGUUCAGUCGGAUGA